CAGACUUGGGCUCACACUCUAUUUCCUGGAUGGACGGAGGAAUGGAAAGCUUCCAGCGCCUCUCCACCACCAACACCAACACCAACACCGACUCUCCCCUCUCUGUGUGCCCGACGAGCGCUGCCUCCACCGCCGCAGCCGCAGGAGCGACGACGCGCUGUGUGGACCGCCGCUGCUAGUCUCCCAUAACCCGCUUUCCCCCCUCUCCUGCUGCACAUACACGCUCCUCCAUAACCAUCAGUACCCGAGUGUUAUGCUGAUAUCCGGGGAUAUCGGGGGGAUUUUGGGACGGAAAGACUCUUUACUGGACCUCUAAAAAUUUCUCCGCCCUCCACCGUGCCCAGUCUCCGUCUGCGCUGCGUCUCCGGUGCUGCUUUUUACGCAGCGAAGGCGUCGCUGAUUUGCCCGCAAAAGGGGGAAACUCAACAGUUGUUGUUGCUUAUUGUUUGCAUGUCGACGUGCAUAUCACUACCAUGUGGAGGCUACUGCAAUCGUGUUGUUGCUGCUGGUGGAUUUUCUCUCUCAUUUUGCCUGCCUUCGUGCUCCUGUGGGCCGAGUGUCAUCCUGCGUUGACAGGAAGCCAAGCCGAGUCCCAAGCCCCUAUCCAAGGCCUUCGCAGAGCCACGGCCGAUGGGACACGACUCCGGAGAGCCGCCACCGAGGAGACCUACUGGGCCUACUCAGGUAUAUAUGGGCCAGAUGAAGGAUGGGCAUCAGCCUACCCAGAAUGCAGAGAGAGAAACCAGUCACCAAUCAACAUUGUGGACCAGGAUACCAAAGUAUCCACAGAGUAUCAGGAGUUGACACUGGAGGGCUUUGAUACCGAAUCCUCCAAUAAGACAUCUAUGAAGAACACCGGCAAAACAGUGGCCAUUAUGUUGAAGGAUGAUUACUUUGUUCGGGGAGCAGGUCUACCAGGGAGGUUUAAGGCCGAAAAAGUGGAGUUCCAUUGGGGUCCAAACAACGGAUCUGAAGGCUCUGAACACAGCAUUAAUGGCCGCCGCUACCCUGUGGAGAUGCAGAUCUACAUGUACAACUCAGAUGACUUUGACAGUCUCAGUGCAGCUCUGAGGGAGAAGAGGAUCAUCGCAGCCAUGGCCGUGUUUUUCCAGGUGGGAGGGAAGGACAAUCCUGCUGUCGACCCUAUAAUCCACGGCCUGAAGGGUGUGGUCCAUCAUGAAAAAGAGACAGUCCUGGAGCCGUUCGUCCUGAAGGACCUGCUGCCGUCUGCCUUGGGAAGUUACUAUCGCUACACCGGCUCUCUGACCACGCCUCCCUGCAGUAAGGUGGUGGAGUGGAUCAUCUUCAGCAGACCUAUCUAUGUCUCCUACAAACAGUUGGAGGCCUUCUACUCCAUCUUCACCACAGAGCAGCAGGACCAUGUUAAGUCUGUGGAAUAUCUGCGCAGCAACUUCAGGCCCAUCCAGAGCUUGGACAACCGCCACGUCUUUAAGUCAGCAGUCAAAGAUGCCUGGCUGCCCGACCUGACUGACAGCAGUAGCGGGCCAUACGGCACAGAGGCUUCCAAAGUGUGCAGCAGCGCUCCCAUCAACAUGAAGGUGCAGCAUGUCAACAGCAGCGCUCUGGUGGUGCGCUGGGCCCGCCCGGAGGUCACCUACCACCCGCCCAUCCUCCACUUCCUGGUGUCCUACAGCUGGACGACCCAUGAUGACAGCUAUGAGGAGACACACCUCACUGACGCCAAACACAAACUGGAGGCUGUCAUUUCUCCCGUCUCCCCCGAUGUGCUGUACCUGUUUCGAGUCCAGGCCGUCUGCAUGAAUGACAUGCGCAGUGACUUCAGCCAGAGCAUGCUCUUCAGAGCAAACACCACAAGGAUAUUUGAGGGGACAAGGAUCGUGAAAACUGGAAUGCCGACAGUGUCUCCAGCCUCUUCAGCUGAUAUGGCUCCCAUCUCCUCUGGCUCAUCUACUUGGACCUCCUCAGGUAUCCCUUUCUCCUUCGUCUCCAUGGCAACAGGAAUCGGCCCAUCCUCCAGUGGAAGUCAAGCAACAGUGGCGUCCGUGGUGACCAGUACUUUACUGGCCGGCUUGGGCUUCAGCGGCGGUGUUAUCUCCUCCUUCCCCAGCUCAGUUUGGCCAAGCAGAGCACCAUCCCAUAAUCCCACACGCCAGACCACUGAACCCACCGAGCCCACCAAAGAGGCCACCACCUCUGCCUCUGCUGUCACGACAGCUGCAGCCAAAGAUAACAGUGACACUGGGGGUGAGGACAGAGAGAAUAGCAAGGGUCAAGGAGAAGACAGUGAGAGGGAAGGAGAGGAUAAGGAUGAAGAGGAGGAAGAAGAAGAUAAAGAUGAGAAGAAGGAGAGGAAAGGAUCUGGAGGUGUUGGCAAGGCAAGGAGGAAGGACAACAGCACAGCGGUGAAUGAGCCGCUCAGAGAGACACCAGAUGCUACUGCGAAGGAGAAAGAACAGACUGAACCAGAUCCAACUGAUGUGCCACCUGAUGUAGAAGACCAAUUGGAAGUGUACACUCACAAUCCACUUCACUCUAACCCCACUACCACCACAGAGGCUGCCACUGAAAUGGUCAAAUUUCCUGCCCCCAAGGACCCAGCAGCAACACUCAGACCCAGCUCAGGGAGGGACAGGAAGCACUGGCCUUUCUCCAUUCAUACCGACCGUCCCAGUGCUGUGACCAACCUGACCCACCAGGCAAGGCCUGGGUCUGGGGCGGGGCUGGGCCGUGUGGAGUGGCUGGUACCUUUGGUGGUGGUUUCAGCUCUGACUUUCCUCUGCCUCGUUCUCCUGCUGGCUGUGCUCGUCUACUGGAGGCGCUGUUUCCAGACAGCCCACUUCUACGUGGAAGACAGCAAUUCACCUAGGGUGGUACCCAAUGAGACGAUCCCAGUCAUACCCAUUCCAGAUGAUAUGGAAGCCAUUCCAGUCAAGCAGUUCAUCAAACAUGUCUCUGAACUCUACUCAAAUAACCAACGUGGAUUUUCUGAAGAUUUUGAGGAGGUUCAACGGUGCACUGCAGAUAUGAAGAUCACGUCAGAGCACUCCAACCACCCUGACAACAAGCACAAGAACAGAUACAUCAAUAUAGUUGCCUAUGACCACAGCAGGGUGAAGCUGAGGCCGCUGGCUGGGAAGGACUCCAAACACACCGACUACAUCAAUGCCAACUAUGUGGAUGGUUAUAAUAAGCCUAAAGCUUACAUCGCAGCCCAGGGACCUCUCAAGUCCACCUUUGAGGACUUUUGGCGGAUGGUGUGGGAGCAGAAUACCUGCAUCAUCGUCAUGAUCACCAACCUAGUGGAGAAAGGCCGGAGAAAAUGUGACCAGUACUGGCCAACAGAGAACAGCGAAGAGUACGGCAACAUGGUAGUCACACUGAAGAGCACGAAAGUUCAUGCCUGCUACACUGUUCGCCGCUUCACAUUGCGCAACACUAAAGUCAAAAAGGGGGGGAAGGGGAACCCUAAGGCACGGGCCCAGGGUGAACGGACAGUGCUCCAAUAUCAUUACACCCAGUGGCCAGACAUGGGUGUCCCUGAGUACACCCUGCCCGUCCUCACCUUUGUCCGCAGGUCCUCAGCUGCCCAGAUGCCUGACAUGGGACCCAUGCUUGUACACUGCAGUGCUGGAGUGGGACGGACGGGGACGUACAUCGUCAUAGACAGCAUGCUGCAGCAGAUCAAAGACAAGAGCACAGUUAAUGUACUCGGCUUCCUCAAACACAUACGCACCCAGCGCAACUACCUAGUCCAGACUGAGGAGCAGUACAUCUUCAUCCACGAUGCCUUGAUGGAAGCCAUUUUGGGGAAAGAGACAGAAGUGGCAGCCAGCCAGUUUCACUGCUACUUCAGCAGCAUUAUGACACCAGGACACAGCGGCCGGACACAUCUGGAGAAACAGUUCAAGUUGGUAACACAGUGUAAUGCCAGAUUCAUGGAAUGCUUCAACGCUCAGAAGGAGUGCAACAAAGAGAAAAAUCGAAAUUCCUCCGUGGUGCCAUCGGAGCGAGCGAGAGUCGGCCUAGCACCUUUGCCCGGCAUCAAAGGCACAGAUUACAUCAACGCCUCUUACAUCAUGGGUUACUACCGGAGUAAUGAGUUCAUCAUUACCCAGCAUCCUCUGCCCCACACCACAAAAGACUUUUGGAGAAUGAUCUGGGACCACAAUGCACAAAUUAUUGUUAUGCUGCCUGCCAACCAUGGACUGGCAGAGGAUGAGUUUGUGUACUGGCCCAGUCGGGAGGAGGCAAUGAACUGCGAGGCAUUCACUGUCACCCUCAUCAGUCAAGACCGACUCUGUCUGUCCAAUGAGGAGCAGAUCAGCAUCCAUGACUUCAUCCUGGAAGCUACACAGGAUGACUAUGUUUUAGAGGUUCGUCACUUUCAGUGCCCUAAGUGGCCGAAGCCCGACGCACCCAUCAGCAGCACCUUCGAGCUCAUCAACGUCAUUAAGGAGGAGGCAGCCAGCCGCGAUGGACCAACCAUCAUCCACGAUGAGUUGGGAUCCGUGUCAGCUGGCAUGCUGUGUGCCCUCACCACACUGUCUCAGCAGCUGGAGAGUGAAGGUGCCGUUGAUGUCUAUCAAGUGGCCAAGAUGAUCAACCUCAUGAGGCCAGGAGUCUUCACAGACAUUGACCAGUACCAGUACCUAUACAAAGCCCUGCUCAGCCUCGUCAGCACCAACGGCUCGGGUCUUCUGGCCAGGGACAUUAACGGGACCAUGUCGUCCAUGUCCGACCAGUCUGACCAAGCAGAGAGCAUGGAGUCGCUGGUCUGAGAGCGGCCCUUCAAGGGCCCGGAGCUGAGAUGAGCUGAGGGUGUCCUGUGGGUCCAAACACCCUGUGAGGUCCCUGAGCCCACCAAGGAGGCACUUAACUUUGUAAAACAUCAAGGAACUAUUGUGAACAAGACUUUUUGAGGCCUUUUUGCCAGACUCUUGGUUAAAAUGAAUAACCUGAUUACUUUUUUACACUGAUAAAAAGUUUUUGAUAUUUAUUUUUUUCGCCAUUUUAUGUCUUAAUGUUCUCCUACUGAAGGGUUUGCACCUGCGUUUUUAAGUUUCACGACGGCGUCGGUAGGCAACGAGAAACACUUUUCUGUCUUUUCUUGUUUGCACUAUGUAAUGUCAGUGUUACUGCCUAUACUAAAGCUGACUCACUUGGCUUUUCUCCACUCAAGCUCUGACUUUUUUUUUUUUUUGACAUUCCAUGGCUUUGGCCCUAAUUAAAUCAACUGCUUCUGUGAAGGACAUUGUUCUGCCUGCCACCUACCAGUUGAUUUAAGACAGUGGACGGAGGAAGGCACGAACUUUCCGCCUCAGUAACAAAAAUGCUGUUCGACUUCAGCUCAACGUGACCUCCUCUGCCCUGCUCAUCUAUAGUACUCAUAUUAUCACUCAUUUAUCACAAGAAUCAAGAUCUUGGAACCUGUUGCCACAGACAAGUAGCACUUGUUUUCUAAAAGUAGUUUCCUCCUCACCGUUUUUUUUAAUUUGUUUUCUUCACUCUCCCUCUUAUUAGCGAGUCACACCCAUGUUAGAAUACAUAAGGUGGUGUAACAACUGCUACUGUGAAAUUUUAUUAUUUCUUUGUAUAAUUCAUAUUAUGCUUUUUAAUAUAUGGAAAUACUGUAUGUAUACAUAUAUAAAUAUAUCCUUAUCAUAAUAACUUUGUGAUUUUUGUACAUGUCCUUUGUGGCCUCCCGCCUCAGGCCGGUUAAUUUCCACUGCGUCCGAUAGUUUACCACCCCACUACUCACAGCUGAUCCACAGCCAUCUGGAAGCGGAUCUUCUCGGUCCUCUACCUUUCUGUAUGCUGCUACAUCAUCUGAACUCACACACAUACACACAUACAAAUGUCACCAGUAGUGAUUUUACAUUUGAAACGUUUGACCAACUACAACAGAUGAUGCAACAAUGUGACAUUGCCCAUCUCUCUGAAAAUCAUGUUUUGAAAGGAUUUAUUUUAGGUCAUAAAUUCAUUCUGACAGACAAGCACGGAUUAAGAACACAGAGGCCUGUAUGUGAAGCCCUCAAUAACUCACAUGCACCUGUGUGUCAUUACAGGGUGGAAUCAGUAUAAUGUGCAGGGGAACAGCAGACUCAAAAACAAGCUCUAUGCAACAAGUUGAUUUUGUUUUAGAAAUCCAAAACAGGGUUUAAAACAGUCUUUGGGUUCUCAGUGUUAGUCUAGUCCAGAUUUGACCAGUCUCACUGCAGUGGGUUUAGAUUUAUUUUAUAAUUUUUGCAUUUUGCAUCUUUUGAUUUUAUUUGUGUCAUCUGGACAGAUUAAAAACUGCUAAAUGAUCAUAUUCUCCUGCUUUAAAAGCUCUUUAGGUUCUCAAGGAUCUCAUGAUAUACUGUAUAGUACAUCUUAGAAGCCUAAAGCCAGUGCUUUGACCACCAAAACUGUAUUUAUAAUUGAUUUUCUGAUUAAUUACAAGUCGCUACAUUUCCCAUUGGUCUGUGAUGUCUGUGAGGUUGGUUAUGAAGAGCUAGAGUUUGUUCAGAAACAUGCCUUUUGAUUCUUCUUUCUAUUCCUGACUUCACUGAAAUUUGGAACUUCUAUCUUCCAUCUGCACUGCUUGCACCAACUCCCAUGUACAGUGUUUACAAAAUGGCGGAUGAUAGUACUCAGGUGUGGCUAAAUUUCACAAAACACAGUCGUGCUACAGUUAUAUGUCUAACGUGACAAAGCAUUUCCUGUAGCAUGGAGUAGCAUUGGUAAUGUCAUAAUGUUAAGAAUCAGCAAAUGCAUCUGUGUCUCAACCCAAGCUAGUAAAAGUAGAAAAUAGUCAAUAUUCAACAUUCAUAUUCAACAUAAAGAAAAACAUUACCAAUUCAGUUUAAUGAAAGAGAACCACACAAUACCAUCAUUCAUGAUACAUUAUUGUAACUGGCUGCUUAAAUGUGUUGAAAGUAAAGGUGUUUUUGCUUUCAGCAUAUUUUGCUUUGAAUUCCAUAACAUGACAAUAAUCUGAAAAGGGAUGUCAUAAGAAAUGUAAUCGGUAAGUGGAUUAUUCAGCAUCCAGCAGUACCUAAUCCAACUCCUCUGUCAAACUUGAAGGAUAAGUCUGGCAUUUUUCUAUAUUGUCUAUUUGUUGACACAUUUUGUGGAGAAAAAAACAACAACAACCAAGAAGAUGUUCAUCUCCAUCUCUCAAUACUACAAAACAGUUUCCCUACUCUGUCUGUGGCACACUUAUUUCUACACAACAUUAAUCUUUUAAAAAAUGUGUUGUGUUAAAUAACCAUACUCAGUAAUUUCCUAAAACAGCUGGGCGCUGUAAUUUUUAGCAACCUGUUCUCACUCCCAAUUCAUCAAAUACCAAUGGUUGGUCAGUGGUUAAUGGAGACAGUGAUGCCCCAAGGCACCCUAUGGCAUCUGUAAGAGACGCACUGGGUCACUUCAUUAUUUGAUGCUCUAAACAACAGCCAUAGUGUGAAGGGUGAGAAAGUCCACAUAGGGAGGGACGGAAGGGUCAAACAAACACAGGACUUCUAUCUAGAAGACGGCUGUUUGUGUCCCAUGUGAAAUUGGAAAUCAAUGACGGGUUAUUUUGAGAAUGUAGCGUCCUGUGUCACAUGACCACUUACUUUUAUUGCCUAAACUUAAGGAAAUAAAACUAAAAACUAAACCUAUGCUGGAAGUUUACUUUGAAACAAGACUGUAUGCAUUUAACAAGUGGAAACUGUACAGUUCCUGUAAAAACAAGUAUAUUUUGAAAGGAUUUAUGCAUGUAACAAGCAAAAAUUGACAUGCUAUUCCUAAGUGUCCAAAUACUACAAUCACCAGACUGUUGGCAUUGUACAUCUCUGCAAACCACGAAUACAUUUGCAUGUUACUAUGUAGCAGAUAAGUUAAAAUGUUAUGUAUCCAAAAUGCCAUGCUUAACGCAUGGUUAGGUUUAGGCACAAAACACUUGGUUAUGGUAAGGAAACAAUCAUGGUUUGGCCAAAAAUAGCCGGUUUGGGGGCACAAUCCCAGCAGGAAAAGCAGCAAUGUCUCUUUUCAUGCCUAAAUAGCUGCUGAAAAAACAGCGUCUGGUUGUUACUCAUUAAAUCACAGCCAGUUGUGUUGCUUGUUGGUCUCUAACAGUGAUCUGCAGUGGUCUGCAUCUCGACUGAUGUCACACCAUCCACCAUCCCCUCCACCUCCCGAUGACAAAGUCAUCUAUGUCACUAUGUCACUUAAGAAAUGUUGACAUAAAAUGCUCAAAUGUAACAUAAUUUGCAGAAACGUUGGCCUACAAUGCCACCAUUUCUUCUGCCGACUGGGCUGGUCCAAAAGUGAUGCUACAGGGGUACCUAGAGUGUUUUAGUAUGACAUGCAGGGCCACUAAUCAAUUCAUUGUUGGUUUUGGUUUUGGUCUUUCCUUAGUUGACAAUAGUACCGACAGCCUUACCCUUGGAAUUCUAACUAUCUGGCAGCCAUUGCCAACUUACACACUACUCAUUGACCAUGUGGACUGACAAACUGUUGCUCUUCUCAUUAAACCAGCCAUAAACUCACAGAAACAUACGCUUAAGCAGUCUUACUUAUGUAGGUGUUUUUAUCAUCAGUGUCUUGACAAAAGCAUCCACAUGUCAUUAAAACCCAGGACGCUGACCAGAUCUGAUUUAUCUGCCAUAGUACACAGACCUUAGAGGCUAGUUUCUAAUAUGUCACAUCCUGGAGAGCGAUCAUUUUCUUUAACAAUUUGUGUCCAGUGUGAAAUAUUAAAGUGAUUUAAAGCAAAAAAAAAAACAAAAACAAAAAAACAACUGCAUUUUGGAGAAAACAGAACAGGUGGAGGUCUGUUCCAGAUCCGUGCUCGCUGACAGAGGUGUGAUCACUCGCUCCAACCUCUCAAGGCCUUGUGUAUAUAGUUUCUGUUCCUCACUCCCUUUUCUCCAGAGAUGUAUUUUUUAGUGGUUUUGUGGCCUACAAGCAAAGAGCAGAGUCUGAAAUGUUUCCUGCUUCAGCUGCAGUAACCUCCUAAACACACACAUAUUUCCACACUUACACCUUUCUUUGACAUGAGGAUGUUCUACUUUACCCGCUGAUUUUGAUGAUAUUCUGUAAUGUUGAUGGCGUGAGAUGAACACUUGUGGCUUUGCAUUUUGAAUGAAACUGUGAAAGUGUUUCUUUUUUUUCACACAGCACAAAACAGAUAGUGUGUGGAAUGCGAGGGGGGGCAAAUGUAUUUUGAUUUUUUAAAAACUUUUACCAAAGACUUGAAUCCUUCCCGUGCAGAAAAACAUGCUGGGUAAGCUUUUUCUCUCUCUUUUGUCCGAUUUCUCUCUCUGACUGGGUGCCCAACCCUCCUUUCUCACCCUCCUUUCUCACCCUCACACUAUAUCUGUAUUUGUAUCAGUGUCCUUACAAAAGUUUGCUUCAAAGUCUCACUUUAGUAUCUGUUUGCUUUGACUUCAGCAUUAAAGUCCUUACUUGCAGUUAUUGUUAUACACCAUCAUUUGGGAUAAAGAGAUGCAUCAAGAGAUAAACUGAGCAGACAGAGGAGCAUUAAGGAUCUCUAUUUCUGGCUAUAUUGCAAUGUUAUCUUCUUUUAAAAUGCAACCAUAUGAGCUGAACUCUACAAAACAUUUUCUGUUUCUGGGACUUUUCUUGUCUUGUUUUUUUUAUUUCUUUUUAACAUACACACUUUGCCUAAGUGCCAGGUCACACCAGAACGUGGCGCAUCGAAAUUCAUUUUCGCGUCCUUAAAAAAAUUAGCGAGCUUCUGCCACUACUGAGCUAAGUUUUAAUAGCUAGCCAAUAACCUGCUAAUGCUAGUUGUGGAAGUGCACCAAGGAAGUGCACCAGACUUUGGACCCAAUUUUACAUGGUGGCCAAACUUUGUAAGUGCAACAUCUUGGUCCAUCACUUGAUGCCAUUGUGCCCAAUAACACUUUUUCCCAUUGACUUACAUUGGGAAAGAGCAGUCCAUUCUCAAAUACCACCACUUUGUGAUUUCAGCAUCAGACACCAACGCAAAAAGGUGUGAUACUUGCUUGACAGCAACGGUAUUAACAGUAACAACAUUAUAUAAAGAGCUGGGAAGUCCCUAUGGCUGGGGGGGAGGGGAGGGCAGGGUAGGGGAGGUGUAUAGGUCCAACAAACUCAGGACUUUCACCCAGGAGUCCACUGUUUGCCUCCCGUGUGAAUGUUGAGCCAAACGAUAUUGUUUUUUU